AUGGAGGGCAUCUACUUCCAGUUGCUCCUUGUCUCGCUGGUGGCCCUGGCGCUCCAACAGCUGCUGAAGCUGGCCAAGAAGCCUAGCAGGAGGAUGCCGCCGGGACCGUGGAAGCUGCCGGUCAUCGGCAGCUUGCACCACCUCAUGAACGUGCUGCCGCACCGCGCGCUGCGGGACCUGGCCAACGUUCACGGUCCCCUCAUGAUGCUGCAGCUCGGCGAGACGCCGCUCGUCGUGGCGUCCUCCAAGGAGAUGGCACGGGAGGUGCUAAAGACGCACGACAGCAACUUGGGCAGCCGGCCCAAGCCACUCGUCGGCGAGAUCGUUGGCUACAAUUCUAACAACCUCAUCUAUAGUCCCUCUGGCGACUCCUGUACCAGGACCCGGAAGCUCUACACCACGGAGCUCCUCUGCACCGGGCGCGUGCUCUCCUUCCGCCACGUCAGGGAGGAGGAGGUGAUGGUGCGAGUGGAGCAGAUCCGCAAGGCGGGGCCGUCAACGCCGGUUAACCUGAGCCUGAUAUUGCACGAGCUGACCACCGCCAUGCUGUUGCGGGCAGCAUGGGGGAAGACGCGGAUCAAGAACAUGCCGGAACUCCUGGCUGGUGUGAGGACCGGCAUAGCCCUGUCCAGCGGCUUCAGUCUGCCGGACCUCUUCCAGACGUGGAAGCGCUCGGUGCUCGCCGGGGUCACGGGCAUGAAGCGAAGCCUCGAGAGCCUCCACAAGACGAUUGACUCCGUGUUUGAGGAGGUCAUCGAGGAGAGGAUGUGCGCGCGCGCUGAGAAUGUCAAGACUGGCGCAGAGAACGUCGAUGAGAACCUCGUGGACGUGCUCAUCGGCAUGCAGGAGAAAGGCGACUCCGUCUUCCCUAUCGACAAACCCAGAAUCAAGGCCUUCCUUCUGGACACGCUGGCGGCUGGGACGGGGACGUCCGGGUCGGCGAUGGAGUGGACCAUGUCGGAGCUGAUUCGGAAUCCAAAGGUUAUGGCGAAGCUCCAGGAGCAGGUCCGGGAGGCGUUCCGGGGGAAAGCAGUGGUGACGGAGGGGGACAUGCAGGCAGCCGACAUCCGGUACCUAAAGCUAGUGAUGAAGGAGGCGCUCCGGCUGCACCCGCCGGCCCCGCUGCUGGUCGGCCGGGAGAGCAUUGACGUGUGCGAGGUGGACGGGUACACGAUCCCAGCCAAGUCACGCGUCCUCGUCAACGUGUGGGCGAUCGGCCAGGACCCCAAGUACUGGGACGCCCCCGAGGAAUUCAAGCCGGAGCGGUUCGAGAAGGGCGACAUCGAUUUCAUGGGCAGCCACUGGCCCACUACGAGUUCACCACGUUCGGCGCCGGCCGGAGGAUGUGCCCCGGCAUUAGCUACGGCCUCGCCAGCAUGGAGCUCGCCCUCGUCUCCCUCCUCUACCACUUCGACUGGUCGCUGCCGGAGGGCGUCAGCGAGCUUGACAUGGGGGAGGCACCGGGACUCGGUGUGCGCCGCCGGUCGCCACUGCUGCUCCGGGCCACCCCCGUCCUCCCGGCGGACUGCGCGGAAUAGGAGCUUCUCUACUUUGAUGAUUUGCAACUACUCGUACGAUCUGUAUAGGAGUAUAUACGGAUAUCAGUUGCAACCGCUUCGCGCACUAUGUAUCUCGCGCGAUGUCUAG